GCUCUUUGCGCCUUAUCGCGGGAAGCUGAACACUUGUAGCGACCAGGAAACAAGAGACUGUCCGAAUUCUCCCCAUUAAUCUCCUCCUUAAUUAAAAUUAAAAAUUAAACACAUGGCUAAUCACCCUAACCUUCCUCCCUUAAUCAAGAUUACCAAUGCCAUCAACCUCUAAUCAUCCGAUUAAUCCUCCUCCUCCUCGCACAAACCUCAAUUGCCACCGCCGCCAACGCCGCAAGCAGAAAAACACUCACCCCAUCCUCGAUAAUCCCGAUCCCGACCCGCAUUCGGAACCCGAAUCCUCCCACCCUCCACCACCAGCCGCACCCGAACCCGAACCCAAACCCCAAACCGAACCAUCACCGUCGUCGCCAUUGCCGAUCGAUGACCCUCACGUUCGGAUCGCGAUGUACGUGGCGAUGGCCCACGCGGGCCUCGCCUUCUCGCUGGCCCUCCUCUACGGCGUCACGAAGCUCCUCCAAGGCUACUGGCGGCCGAUCCACUGGGCGAUCCUCUGCUCGAUGCCUCUCCGCGAGCUCCACACCGCCCUCGUCUCCUUCUGGUCCCACUCCCUCAACCUCGGCCUCUUCGAAACGCUCAUUGCCAUCCCGAUCGCCGCCCUCCGCGCCACCACCGCCUCCCUCGUCGAUUCCCACACCGCCAUCCAGUGCUGCCUUCUCCGCGGCCGCCCCAACCGCAGAAAGAGGCAGAUCAGAUUCUCUAAGCUCGUCCAAUGGCUCAUCUCUUUCGCUCUCUUCGUCAUCGUAUACGAGAGCAUAGGCAUUAUCUCCAUCCCGGCUUUUGCCGCGGCUUGCUUCAUCGCCUACUCUCUCGGUUACAGAAGCAUUCUGAUUGAUCGGGGCGUCGCCACCACUCUCUCUGCCAUCUCCUCUGUUCGCCGCAGCGGCAGAUUAAAAUUCAAAAAUACCAUGAAUAUUAACAGCAAUAGUAACUCCCCUGCUAAUUUUGGCGGGAAAAUCAGCCGGUGCAUUACGAGCAUGAUGCUCAACAGGUUGAAGACGGCGGUGGCGAUUGGCCUGAUCACGGUGAUGAUCGUGGGAUCUGUGUUGGGAUUCUUUUUCUUUUCGUAUAAGAUCGCAAUGGAAGGGAAGGGGGCUGUGAUUUCACUCAAAGCACAUUUGGAAGAGAUGAAUUACGAUUACGCCGAGAGGGUCGGAUUCAAGAAAUGGAUGAAUGCGAAUCAGGUUCCGGAAUUGAUCGAUGAUUACGCCACCAAGUUCUUCGAAACUGUUUCGCAGAACAUCGAUUCUCUGGCGGCGCAUUACAAUGUGACGGAGGUUGUUGACAGUGUUAGGCAUUACUUGAGUACUAAUCACGAUCAGAUUCAUAAUCCCAUGUCGAAUAGUAAUGAAUCGGGCCUCAAUUUUUCGAGUAGUAUUAGUACUAAUGGUGACGGUCAGCCUAAUUUUUCAGAGAAGUUUCAUGGCAUUCAAUCCCGGGUGAGGAACGGAGAAUGGGGAGUGAUCUAUAGAGAUAUCGAUGGCUUGUUUGGAGAAUUCAUGUCAUUGAUCGCAAGGGAAGACUUGGCGGAGAAAACGAAAGAUUUCUUGCUGCAGGGUUUAGACCUCUCCAGAAGAGUACUCGCUAGCGGAACAACGGUUGUGGCCGGAGGAGCAAAUCUGUUGUUUUUCAUGGCGGUCUCGCUCGUUUCAGGGGCUGCAGGAUUGUUCAAUUUCUUCUUCGAAUUGACGGUGUUCUUCUGGCUUUUGUACUACCUAAUCACAACUGAUUCAGGCGGCGUUAUGGAUCAUGUCCUGGGAAUGCUGCCCCUUUCGAAAUCCACAAGGGUUCGGUGUGCUCAAGUGCUUGAUCACGCUGUCAGCAGCGUGCUGUUGGCUGCUGCCAAGGUCACAUUCUUUCAAGGGAGCCUUACGUAUCUCUUGUUUCGAUUCUACCAGAUUCAUUUCCUCUACAUGUCUACAUCCCUCGCUCUUAUGAGCGCUGUUUUGCAAAUUACACCGGCUUGGUUCUUGUCCAUUCCGGCUGCGCUGCAGCUGGCCAUGGAAGGGAGAUAUGUCAAGGCAGUUUUGGUGACGGCGGUUCAUCAGAUUCUGUUGGAAUACGGCACAGCAGCUAUCCAAGAUGAGAUUCCGGGACAGAACGCCUACCUCACUGGCCUCAGCAUACUUGGGGGCAUUGCUCUUUUCCCCUCCAUGUUGGAAGGAGCGAUUAUGGGUCCUCUGCUGAUGACAGUGAUGAUUGCCUUCAAGAAUCUGUAUGUAGAAUUUGUCCUUGCUUCUGGAAAAGAAGCCACUGCUCAUUGAUACAAGUAAUUACUGCAUUUUUUCAUGAAAUUGAUGUAAGUAAUUUGAUAGAAAAAACAUCACAGUCCUAAA